ACACUUCCCUCCCGUCUUUCCCUGAAGGAGAGUUAGACUUUGAGUCUCUCCAUUUUGAUGAAGCCGUGCCAGACAUGUCUCCUGGGACGUUACCAGUGCUGAGAGAGGAAGAGGAAGAUGUAGGACAGGAAGAGGAAGAGGAAGAGCCUGGUGGAGAAACUGGAAAUGUAUCUGACCAUAUCUCAGUGGAGACAUAUGAUGUGAGAGUGACUGAAGAGGAUACACAUCAUACUGAUGAGGAAGAGAUGGGUUCAGGAGAAGAGGAGACUCAACAUAUUGAUGAGGAAGAGAUGGGUUCAGGAGAAGAGGAGACUCAACAUAUUGAUGAGGAAGAGAUGGGUUCAGGAGAAGAGGAGACUCAACAUAUUGAUGAGUUAGAGAUACGUUCAGGAGAAGAGGAGACUCAACAUAUUGAUGAGGAAGAGAUAGGUUCAGGAGAAGAGGAGACUCAACAUAUUGAUGAGGAAGAGAUAGGUUCAGGAGAAGAGACUCAACAUAUUGAUGAGGAAGAGAUAGGUUCAGGAGAAGAGGAGACUCAACAUAUUGAUGAGGAAGAGAUAGGUUCAGGAGAAGAGGAGACUCAACAUAUUGAUGAGGAAGAGAUAGGUUCAGGAGAAGAGGAGACUCAACAUAUUGAUGAGGAAGAGAUAGGUUCAGGAGAAGAGGAGACUCAACAUAUUGAUGAGGAAGAGAUAGGUUCAGGAGAAGAGGAGACUCAACAUGUUGAUGAGGAAGAGAUAGGUUCAGGAGAAGAGGAGACUCAACAUAUUGAGGAAGAGGCAGAGAUGAUGGACUCAGGAGAAGAGGAGAACACAGGAAUAAAGAACCUUGGCUCCCCUGGGGAUUGGUCUGUGGUUGUUCACUACGAUGAAGAAAGCUGGGAUGGUGCUCUACAGGACAUAGAGAAGAUUGUAACCACAGGACAACCUUUUGCCGAACAAGAGAGUGAAAACCAUAAAGUCAGAAACGUAGAGCAAGGUGCUUACGAGAACAGUGAUGUGAGGUGUUUUGAGGGUGUCACUGAAGAUGGCACCAUGGAGAUCACAGCAGGUAUAUGUGAAGAAGGAGAGAGACGUACGGCUGAAGAAAACCAAGAGGAAUCAUCUGAUUCAGACCUGGAGAUCCUGACUAGCUCCGUCACCAAACAACGGAGAAAAGAGGGAAAUAAAGCAGUGAACUCCCAGCAGACUUUUCCUCAGGAGAAGGAAGAGGAAGAAGAGCGAGAUGAAGAUGGAGCUCCAGAGGUUGUUUCUGAUUGUCCUGAUCCCGCAGCAAGUGUUGCCGACCUGCAUCUUUCAGAAACCAUCUCUGACGUCCCCACUUCUACCCUUCACGGUGAGGCCGGACGCGGUAGAGCAGCCGUGACCAUCUCCAGAGGUACCGGUAACAUGUCAUCAUCUGACUCUGAGGAAAGUUUUCCCGGAGCGUUAUGGACGUCGGAGGCUGAACAAAGAGAGGACAAACGGGAGACUUGGCUUUGGGGUGAGACUGGGCCAGGAACUUCAGAAGAGGAACAUCUUUGCGAACUUCAGCCGGAGCUAGCAGGAAGGUUGAAGAGCCGCAUUCACGCCGAUAUAAGCUGGGACACAGGGGGAAAUAAUGUGGACAGUGGUGGUUUAAUUCAAGAUUACCAGUAUGAAGCGUCUGGAAUCACAGAGAGUGGCGAACUUGCAGGUGAAGAGGAUGAUGAAGAGGAUGAUGAAGAGGAGAAUAGGAGUUGGGAACAAGAGAAAGAGAGAAUCAAGGCAUUCCACAAGUUUUAUUAUGAUGAAGAAGAAGAAGAAGAUGGGGAGAAUACAGGGAGGAAGUCUAGAGUUCAGUUCUGCGUGGAUCCCCUGCCUCAAGUCAUUGAAUAUACUGACAGGUAAGUUAAAUAACAAAUAUAAAAAUACUUACGACACCCGCCAACCAGGAAAUGCCUGCUUCUACAGUCGUGGUCAAAAGUUUUGAGAAUGACACAAGUAUUGGUCUCCACAAAGUUUGCUGCCUCAGUGUUCUUAGAUAUUUAUGUCAGAUGUUACUAUGGUACACUGAAGUAUAAUUACAAGUAUUCCAUAAGUGUCAAAGGCUUUCAUUGACAAUGACAUUCAGUUUAUGCAAAGAGUCAAUAUUUGCAGUGUUGACCCUUCUUUUUCAAGACCUCUGCAAUCCGCCCUGGCAUGCUGUCAAUUAACUUCUGGGCCACAUCCUGACUGAUGGCAGCCCAUUCUUGUAUAAAAUGUUUGGAGUUUGUCAGAAUUUGUGGGUUUUUGUUUGUCCACCCGCCUCUUGAGGAUCGACCACAAGUUCUCAAUGGGAUUAAGGUCUGGGGAGUUUCCUGGCCAUGGACCCAAAAUGUCGAUGUUUUGUUCCCCGAGCCACUUAGUUAUCACUUUUGCCUUAUGCCAAGGUGCUCCAUCAUGCUGGAAAAGUCAUUGUUCGUCACCAAACUGUUCUUGGAUGGUUGGGAGAAGUUGCUCUCGGAGGAUGUGUUGGUACCAUUCUUUAUUCAUGGCUGUGUUCUUAGGCAGAAUUGUGAGUGAGCCCACUCCCUUGGCUGAGAAGCAACCCCACACAUGAAUGGUCUCAGGAUGCUUUACUGUUGGCAUGACACAGGACUGAUGGUAGCGCUUACCUUGGCUUCUCCGGACAAGGUGUUUUCCGGAUGGCCCAAACAAUCGGAAAGGGGAUUCAUCAGAGAAAAUGACUCUACCCCAGUCCUCAGCAGUCCAAUCCCUGUAUAUUUUGCAGAAUAUCAGUCUGUCCCUGAUGUUUUUCCUGGAGAGAAGUGGCUUCUUUGCUGCCCUUCUUGACACCAGGCCAUCCUCCAAAAGUAUUCGCAUCACUGUGCGUGCAGAUGCACUCACACCUGCCUGCUGCCAUUCCUGAGCAAGCUCUGCACUGAUGGUGCCCCGAUCCCGCAGCUGAAUCAACUUUAGGAGACGGUCCUGGCGCUUGCUGGACAUUCUUGGGCACCCUGACGCCUUCUUCACAACAAUUGAACCUCUCUCCUUGAAGUUCUUGAUGAUCCGAUAAAUGGUUGAUUUAGGUGCAAUCUUACUAGCAGCAAUAUCCUUGCCUGUGAAGCCCUUUUUGUGCAAAGCAAUGAUGACGGCACGUGUUUCCUUGCAGGUAACCAUGGAAGAACAAUGAUUUCAAGCACCACCCUCCUUUUAAAGCUUCCAGUCUGUUAUUCUGACUCAAUCAGCAUGACAGAGUGAUCUCCAGCCUUGUCCUCGUCAACACUCUCACCUGUGUUAACGAGACAAUCACUGACAUGAUGGCAGCUGGUUCUUUUGUGGCAGGGCUGAAAUGCAGUGGAAAUGUUUUUUGGGGAUGAAGUUCAUUUUCAUGGCAAAGAGGGACUUUGCAAUUAAUUGCAAUUCAUCUGAUCACUCUUCAUGACAUUCUGGAGUAUAUGCAAAUUGCCAUCAUCAACACUGAGGCAGCAAACUUUGUGGAGACCAAUACUUGUGUCAUUCUCAAAACUUUUGACCACGACUGUACUUCAACAAGACAUGUCAUAUGUACUGUCACUGUCACUGUGGUAUAGAUGAGGGACAUUAUUUCCUAUAUUACUGCCUGUCUUCUACGUUCUCAGCAGCAGUGAUGUGGAUUUGGUCGACAGCUCAUCUGACGGAGACGAGGACCUGGAUUCUACAGCAAGGCUUGAAGUGAACACACACACACAAACCCAAACACACACUCUCUCUCUCUCUCUCUCUCUCUCUCUCUCUCUCUCUCUCUUUCUCUGUCUCUCUCUCUCUGUCUCUCUCUCUCUCUGUCUCUCUCUGUCUCUCUCUCUCUCUCUCUCUCUCUCUUUCUCUCUCUCUUUCUCUGUCUCUCUCUCUCUGUCUCUCUCUCUCUGUCUCUCUCUCUCUGUCUCUGUCUCUCUCUCUCUCUGUCUCUCUUUCCUUCAGCCACCAGCACAUGAUGAUGUUGUGUCUAUUUCAGGAGCAGCGUGAGCCUGAGAGACAGAGAAUGAGUUUACCCGAGACUCAGGAGAGUCGGGAGCCACAAGGAGAACUACAAGAUCUCAGCAAAAUGCCUCGGACCCACAGAAAAAGAGACCGGGUAAGUCUUUAACCCACAACUUGCUGUAAAAAAAAGGGCUUAAUUGAUUGAUUGAUUCCUCUGACACACUGUGUUUGUGUAGUGUCUGAGGGUGCUGAAGUUACUAGCGAAGAUGACCCUGUUGACAGUGAUUGGACUUUUGGCAUUCUGGUGGACAAGAGACCAACUGGACUUGGACUGG